CGAGGCGCUGGCUAGAGCGUCGCUCGAGCAGGCAGCCGCAGCAGCCGCGGGCGGGCGAGUCAGAGUCCGCCAGGAAGCCGAGCCGCGCGGUGCCUGCGCCCCGCUCCCCGGACAAAGCCGCCGCCGCCCGCCCGGAGCCCGGAGCCCGCCCCCGCCGCCCGCCAGGAGCCCGAUCGGAGCCAUGUCGGCCAGCAGCCUCCUGGAGCAGAGACCCAAGGGCCAAGGCAACAAAGUGCAAAAUGGAUCUGUGCAUCAGAAGGAUGGGUUAAAUGAUGAUGACUUUGAACCCUACUUGAGUCCUCAGGCCAGGCCGAAUAAUGCAUACACUGCAAUGUCUGACUCCUACUUGCCAAGCUACUACAGUCCAUCCAUUGGAUUCUCCUACUCGUUAGGCGAAGCUGCUUGGUCUACAGGAGGUGACCCACCCAUGCCCUACUUAACAUCCUAUGGACAGCUAAGCAAUGGGGAGCCUCACUUUCUCCCAGAUGCAAUGUUUGGGCAGCCAGGGGCCCUUGGCAGCACUCCAUUUCUUGGGCAGCAUGGCUUUAACUUCUUUCCAAGUGGAAUUGACUUUUCAGCUUGGGGGAAUAACAGUUCUCAGGGACAGUCCACUCAAAGCUCUGGAUAUAGUAGCAAUUAUGCUUAUGCACCAAGCUCACUGGGUGGAGCCAUGAUUGACGGACAGUCUGCUUUUGCCAAUGAGACUCUAAAUAAGGCUCCUGGCAUGAAUACCAUAGACCAAGGGAUGGCAGCACUGAAGUUGGGCAGCACGGAUGUUGCAAGCAAUGUCCCAAAAGUUGUUGGUUCCGCUGUUGGUAGCGGGUCCAUUACCAGUAAUAUCGUGGCAUCUAACAGUUUGCCUCCUGCUACCAUUGCUCCUCCAAAACCGACAUCGUGGGCUGAUAUUGCUAGCAAACCUGCGAAACAACAGCCCAAGCUGAAGACCAAGAAUGGCAUUGCAGGUUCAAGUCUUCCGCCGCCUCCAAUAAAACAUAACAUGGAUAUUGGAACUUGGGAUAACAAAGGGCCAGUAGCAAAAGCACCUUCCCAGGCUUUGGUUCAGAAUAUUGGUCAGCAGCCAACCCAGGUGUCCCCUCAACCGGUGGGCCAACAGAUCAGUAACAGCCCACCAGUGGUACAGGCUUCUCCAGGGCAACAGCCGCAGCCACUGCCCCCACCACCACCACAGCCAGGCCAGCUACCGGUGCAGCAACAGGCAGCUCAGCCAACCCGCUGGGUUGCACCUCGUAACCGUGGCAAUGGGUUUGGUCAAAAUGGAGUGGAUGGUAAUGGAGUGGGACAGUCUCAAGCCAGUUCUGGUUCCGCUCCUUCGGAGCCGCACCCGGUGUUGGAGAAAUUGAGGUCCAUCAACAACUACAACCCCAAGGAUUUUGACUGGAACCCAAAACACGGCCGGGUUUUCAUCAUUAAGAGUUACUCUGAGGACGAUAUCCACCGUUCCAUUAAAUAUAACAUCUGGUGCAGUACAGAGCACGGCAACAAGAGACUGGAUGCUGCUUAUCGCUCCAUGAACGGGAAAGGCCCCGUUUACUUACUGUUCAGCGUCAACGGCAGUGGUCACUUCUGCGGAGUGGCAGAAAUGAAAUCUGCCGUGGACUACAACACAUGUGCAGGUGUGUGGUCCCAGGACAAAUGGAAGGGACGUUUUGAUGUCAGGUGGAUUUUUGUGAAGGACGUUCCCAACAGCCAGCUGCGGCACAUCCGCCUAGAGAAUAACGAGAAUAAACCAGUGACCAACUCCAGGGACACUCAGGAAGUGCCUCUGGAAAAGGCUAAGCAGGUGUUGAAAAUCAUUGCCACCUACAAGCACACCACCUCCAUCUUUGAUGACUUCUCACACUAUGAGAAACGCCAGGAGGAGGAGGAAAAUGUUAAAAAGGAACGCCAAGGCCGUGUCAAGUAAAAGGCUACGCUUCCCACAGAGACUGCAGCAGAGGUUGCAUCCGGGAUAUCUUUCAAAGAGAGAGAGAGAGGAGAAAAAGAACACCCCAGAGAGAAUUAGGACUUUUUUUCUUAAUUUCAUUGACUUUAAAACAAAAACUUACAAACUUGCAGUUUAAAAAAAAAAAAAAGUAUUGGAAUGUCACGAGACAUAGGACUAAAAAAACAAAAACAAAAAAAAAAUCCCUUCUAGGUAGAGUAUAGGUAAAAACUGUCCCCUUUCUUUUGGCUUUGGUUGUGAUUUCAGAGCAUAUGCUUUGUUUUUUGUCUUUUUACUAUGUUUUCCGGAUUUGAAAGUCCGUAAGUGGCAUAUGCCUUUUUUCUCUAAUUUUUAAACCCCGCUGCAUCCCUUUCUUCCACUUCCCUCGUGCCUCCUUUCCCCCUGGUUUUGACAUUUGCACUUGGAACACCGAGUUGUGACUUUUUUUGGACAUCCGCCGCAGAAAGUGGAAGAACUGUUUUUUCCUUGGACUGGAAGAGGAGGAAUUUUAUGAAUUAUUUGGGUUUAUUUGCCUGGAAGAAUUGAAUGGAAAUUAUUGCCAAGGUUGUGUCUAAGGGUGGUUUGUUUUCCUCUGACCCUUUGUUACUCAAAAGUCAAGUACUAGGAGUCCUAAGAAAUGUUCUGUUCUUGUGCAUUAUAUGGAUUACAGAUUAAGUCUGGAUUAAUUUGAUUUAAAGGCUGAGAACAGUGGUAAAAACUUGUUUUGUUUACAGGAACAUGAAUUUUGAACGAAAAAUAUUGUAAAAUGUGUAGUGAAUAUGUUUCUUCAGUUUCUUGUUAAGCCAAUGAGGAAUGGGCGUUGCCUUUCUUUUCACCAUUAAUCACUUCUCAAUAAUAAACGUGAGAUCCUGUUGAGCAUCACUUGUGUGCCAGUUAGUUUUCAGUGUGGUAGGUGGUGCCCAGGCUGUGGCUAUGAGGAAGCCGUACAUGGGAGAAUAAAAUUGCAAAUGGGGUAGCAGGCUAAUACUUCAGUUCCUAACUUCUGGUUCAUUGGCUAUUGUGUGAUCCCUGCAGGGUUUUGAGCCAGUGCUCUAGGCUUCCCCGGUUUGUUUUAAACAUCUUUGUUGGGACCCAGCACUUUUGUUUUAUUUGUAUGCACUCUGAUCAUCUACGGGAGCUUGGUCUCAUCCAAACCCUCCUCUCGCUGGUUUGAGACUGGCUUUGAAGCAGGUCAGUUUGGCCCAUGUAUAACAAAACUGAGACCCACUCUGAGCCUAUGGUGAUAGUUUUUAUGUAUGUGAACAAGAUCAAACUGAACUAAUGUAUUGCUGACUCACAUUACAGCACCUAUUAAAAUAGAAUUGGGGUACGGUCUAUGGUAAACAGGUCCAGGAACAUAUGAGUUCUGCUAGAGUGGACUGGCCCUAAAUAUGAAACCUGGGGACUAACUGGUACAGCUGAGAUUUGCCUGAUAAAUGAGGAUAGCUGCUUUGGUUAACAUGCCAGUUUUUUGCAUUUGAAGGCCUGCCUUCCAAGGUGCCAAGCAAAGCAAGUUUGAUCUCUGAACAUUUUCCUACAUUACAAAUGAUAUUUAUCCCCGAAAUACCGGACUUGUCAAGAUGUCCCUGUUUAGGAAGGUCAGAAUGGGAAGAACAAGGAUGCUCCAGAUCGGGAUUGGGGUGCAUUGAUGCAGCUGUGUAGGGAGCCCAGGCCUGGAAUAGCAGGAGAUGCCACAGGUCAGGACUGAGGUACGGUGUUUGAUCUGUGAAGGCCGUAGCUCUCCAGUAGUUGCAUGCACUAUGCCUGGCUCUAGCCUAUGCUACAACAUUGCCUCUUUCCCAAGUACAAAAAGUGUCAGUGUCAAAUAAUGGGGUGCAUUAGCUAUUAAGUUCUAUACAGUGAGUAGGUUAGAAGACCCUACCAAAGCCCUUCAAACACAUACGGGUGGACUUGGGUCCAUGAUCUCUUUUUCUUGUGAAAUAGUUUGAGAUCAAAAAUCCAAGUCUCCUGCUUGCCUUUAUUUUUUUUUCUUUCUGCUGAGCAGGCUGCAAACAAAAUGAGCAUCUGAGUUCUGGAACGGUACUUUAUUCUUGUUAGUGAAAUGGGAUACUGUUGAGAGGGAAACUGUCAUUAAAAAUAUCUUGUGGUUAUUAAA